AUGGUGAAUGAGGAUAUAGAAAACCAGGAAAUGAUGUUUGAAGUUUCUCCAUCAGGAAACCAUGCUCUUAUCAGAGAAGUAACACGGUAUGACAACAUUUUUCCUGAUGAAGAAGAAGAAAACAAAGAUUCUGAAGAGGAAAUUGUUGAAAAAUUGGAUGGAGCAUACAAAGAAUUAGAAGACUUUCCUGAUGAAGAAGAAGAAAACAAAGAUUCUAAAGAGGAAAUGGCUGAUAAAUUGGAUGGAGCAUACAAAGAAUUAGAAGACUGUUACAAUAAAAUGAGCACAUUGUUAAAACAGUCAAAGACUGAAUACGCAAACAGCCUCCUGGUACACAUUAAAUACUCACAAUGUAUGAGAUUGUUGGAGAACAUCUCAAAAUUUGUUGAUGAAAACGCUAAAGAAAUGCCAGCUGAAACAGAAGAAGAUACACAAGAAACUGAGGAUGAAAAUGAGGUAGUACUAGGAGAUGAAAAUGAACAAGAAGGGGAAAAGGAGAUGGCUGAAAAAGAAAAUGCCAUUGAAGAGAAAACAGUUCACGAAAACCCCAAAGAAUUUGAAAAUGAAGAACAAGGAGAGGAAGGAUGUGAAAAUGAAGAAGAAAGGGAGAAAGAGAUGGUUGGAAUUGAAAAUGCCAUUGAAGUGGAAACAGUUGAUGGAAACACCAUGCAAAAACAAAAGACAGUCAGGCAUUCAACACUGAAAAAGAAAAAAACUGAAGGGGAGAUGGUGAACAAAAGUUUUGACCAAGAAGGGGAAGUGUUUGAUAAAACGCCAUAUGAACAGCCACCAACUACAUCUGGGAAAAACCUCUUGAAAAGUUUUGAAGAGGAAGAAACACCCAAUAAACCCCAGGAUGAAAACGCCAUCAACACUUCACCACCAAAAACGCCAAACAUGUCAGAUGUGCAGGAGAAAGGUGAUGAGGACAACAGUCCAGACAUCACAAAGCUAAUGCAAGAAAAUAAAAUUUUAAACCCUGAAGAGCUGCCUGGUGAUGAAAAAGCUGAUAAAGAUGAUGAAAAAGAUAAAAAUAUAAAAAAAGAAUGUGGCUGA